CUAGUUCCUUACGUACCGUACAUGACCAGUCAGAGCACUGGUCUCUUGGUCUGGCAGGACUGGUUAUUACAUAUUGGCAUCCUCAAAUCCCUGCCCAAGGUUGCAACAUAUGCUUGGAACAGAUUCUACAAUUCAGGACAACAACAUGACUGAAGAACUUCGAGAUGUUCGGCCCAUGUUCGACCUGAACAAACGCAAUUAUGUGGUCACUGGAGGGGCCCAAGGCAUCGGAUUUGCCGUGACACGUGCAAUAUGCGAGAUGGGCGGCAACGUCGCCGUCAUGGACAUUCAACCCGCGCCGGUGGAAGAAUUCAAGACGCUCGAAGCUCGAUUUGGAGCUAAGACGAUCUACAUUCAAACUGAUGUCACUAAGGAGGAGAGCUUAAAUGCGGCCUUUGUUCAGGCAAUCCAAGAAUUGGGCAGCAUCGACGGGUGUGUGCCUGCAGCUGGGAUCGCCAUCGACAAACCAUUUGUGGACCAGACCUGGGACGAGUUCACGCGCAUCCAGGAGAUCAAUGUCCGGGGAACAUUUUUCGCAACGCAACUAGCCGUCAAGCAGAUGAUCAAGCAAGGGUCUGGUGGGAGCAUUGUCUUGAUAGCUUCCCAGUCGGCGCACAUUGCUCUGCCUGGAUAUCGCAUGGCAGCGUACAACGCAUCUAAGGGCGGCGUCAUGAUGUUAUCCAAGGUUCUAGCUGUGGAGCUGGCGCCACACCAGAUUCGAGUCAACACCAUUUCCCCGGGUUUCGUCGACUCUGACAUGACGAGAAAUGUCCGCGCGACCAAGAGCAAACGAGAAGGUGAUCAGAUGUGGCUCGCUCCUCCCAAUCAGCGGCUGAGCACCCAGAACGAUCUGACGGGCGCGGUUAUCUACCUACUAAGCGAUGCGUCCCCACAUACCACUGCCGCCGACAUCCCCAUCACUGGUGGCUUACACGCAGGGACGAUCGACGGCGUGAUUAGCUACGAGUAGAUUGCAACAGGACCUGUCAACCGUGUGAUGUCAAGCUCCGUCGUCUCAUUACAAAUCAUGAGACCCUUUACGCGACGGCGAUCAAUGGCCAGAUCUACUGUAUAACACAUGUAGAAUGGACAAGGGAGAAGAGUGACCUCGAUGCCCGAGCGGCCAGGUCCAGGCAUAUCACGUGACAGCAUCGCUUGUACUAGCGUCUUAGCAUUCCCACAACAGUUGAUGAGAUGGACAGUACGGAGUAGUAAAAGUAUUUUCCAUUUUCCACAUCCUCC